AUGGACUGGCUUCGGAGGGAAGACGACAUCGUCAGGAUCCUGGGUCCAGGCUCCUAAAGGAAAGACGGGCGGCUAGCUUUUGAAGGGGGAGGCGGCUAGCUUUUCAUUUUCUCCUUUGGCGGGGAGAAAAUUGUCAGGCCUCUCCUGUCUCUGCGCCCUUCAGAGCCUGCGAAGAACAUCAUUUUCGCAAUCCCAAAUCCGCUGCAGCCCACAAACCCAGAGAGCCAGAGAGGUGCCUCACUCACUACCCAACCGGCUUCGGGCAUGGGUCGGUCGAGAAAGGAGAGCCCAGCUAUCCCUCAUACCGUACAGUAGCAGCCUCGGCGGCAGCGAUACACCGGCGACCAAGAGGGCGAGUGUGACACCCCCCGCCCCCCGCCGGCGGGCGGGGAGCCCAGCUCAUACGCACAGCCUCCCCGCCGCUGCCCGUCCCCUUCCCUCGCCGGGACUCGCCUCCCUCCUGCAGCCCAGCCCAGCCAGCUUCGCGUCUACGCCGCUGCCUGCUCUGGCCGGGCCGGGUCAGAGCCCGAGCAUGGAACCUGGGGAACCCCGGGAGCCCCAGGAGCCCCGCGAGCCCGGGCCAGGAGCAGAGACCGCUGCGGCCCCGCUCUGGGAGGAAGCCAAGACUUUCUACGACAACCUCGCACCCAAGAAGAAACCCAAAUCGCCCAAACCUCAGAAUGCAGUCACCAUCGCUGUGUCCUCCAGAGCUUUAUUUCGCAUGGACGAGGAGCAGCGGAUCUACACGGAGCAGGGCGUGGAGGAAUAUGUGCGCUACCAGCUGGAACAUGAGAACGAGCCCUUCAGCCCCGGGCCGGCCUUCCCUUUUGUGAAGGCUCUGGAGGCCGUGAACAGGCGGCUGCGGGAGCUGUACCCCGAUAGUGAGGAUGUCUUCGACAUCGUCCUCAUGACCAACAACCACGCUCAAGUUGGUGUCCGCCUCAUCAACAGUAUCAACCACUAUGACCUGUUCAUCGAGAGGUUCUGCAUGACGGGUGGAAACAGCCCCAUCUGCUACCUCAAGGCCUAUCACACCAAUCUCUACUUGUCAGCCGACGCGGAAAAAGUGCGAGAAGCCAUCGAUGAGGGGAUCGCAGCUGCCACCAUCUUCAGCCCCAGCAGGGAUGUGGCUGUGUCCCAGAGUCAACUGCGCGUGGCCUUCGACGGGGACGCUGUGCUCUUCUCGGAUGAGUCGGAGCGCAUCGUCAAGGCCCACGGUCUGGACCGAUUCUUCGAGCAUGAGAAGGCCCACGAGAACAAACCUCUGGCUCAGGGCCCCUUAAAGGGCUUUCUGGAGGCACUGGGUAGGUUGCAGAAGAAGUUCUACUCCAAAGGCCUGCGGCUGGAGUGCCCAAUUCGUACCUACUUGGUGACAGCACGCAGUGCAGCCAGUUCUGGGGCCCGGGCACUCAAGACCCUGCGCAGCUGGGGCCUGGAGACAGAUGAAGCCUUGUUCCUCGCUGGAGCGCCCAAGGGUCCCCUCCUCGAGAAGAUCCGCCCACACAUCUUCUUUGAUGACCAGAUGUUCCACGUGGCUGGGGCUCAGGAGAUGGGCACCGUGGCUGCCCAUGUGCCUUAUGGCGUGGCACAGACACCCCGGCGGACUGCACCUGCAAAGCAGGCCCCAUCUGCACAGUAGCUGAACCCCAGCUCUACUGACCCACAUUGCUGCAGGCUCCCUGUCAUACUUCGACACCUCAUCUGGUAGAUCCCUCUAGUUUCUCACUGUUCUGCCCUUCUGACUGUCUGCCCUCAUCCCUAUGAGUGAUGUACUUGUAGGAAAUUAUGCAGACAGGCCUGGCAUUCUCAACAUCCCUCCUCUGGGGCAAAUUCUGUGCCCUGAUCCUGAGUAGGACAGUAAGACUGUGCGGAGUAGCUGGAUUUCAGGGGGAAGUUAACGGGUCAGAGAGAGGGAGGGUCAGAGAAGCCAGGAUUUCUCAAAAGGGGCUUGGGAUGAAAACUAGCUCAAUGUAGUGUAAUGAACACUGCUUUGAGAGAGA